UGUUGGGCUGAUUUGACCUUUAAGCUGAUGUUGUAUGUGUUACUGAUUGUUCUUGAUGUUGGUGAUCUCUGUGAGUGAAUAUCUGUAUGUGAGGGCAGCAUGUGGUGGUUUCAGCGGGGGCUUUGUGCUCUCCCGGUGGCUCUGGUUAUCUGGUCAUCUGCUACAUUCCUCGUCUCUUAUGCCACAGUGGUCGUGUUGGGCCAUGCCGACCUACUCGUUCCAUACAUAAGUGACACGGGCACUGAGGUUCCUGAACGCUGUGUGUUUGGCUUCAUGCUGUCAAUCUCAGCUUUCCUAGGGUUGGGCACCAUGUAUGUUCGACAUAAACAAGUUCAGGCUUUGAUUUCGGCCUCUGAGUUGGGCUUACAGCUGCUGAACUACACAGGCCUCCCGAUGGGAAUCGCCAGCACUGUCGGGAUGUGCGUUGUGGACAGCUUUCAGAAAACAGGUAUGACAUCCAUCCACCUUCUUGGAGCAGGCCUGACCUUUGGUCCUGGGACGCUGUAUAUCCUGUUCCAGACUGGCAUGUCGUACCACAUGCAGCUGCGUUUCCACGGAAGGGAUAUUCUGUGGGCGCGUAUGGCUGUGGGAAUGUGGUCGCUCAUUAGCAUCAUUACACUUUUCAUAUCCUCUGUGUUACUGUAUGAUGCCCUGCCUGGCGUGGAUGUAGCUAAUAAGUUACACUGGCAGCCCGGAGAGAGAGGUUUUCUAGCACACCAGGUCAGUGCUACAGCUGAGUGGUCUCUGGCAUUCUCCUUCAUCUGCUUCUUCCUCACGUACAUACAUGAUUUCCAGAAAAUCACUCUGCGGGUUCAGCCUGUUCUUCAGAGUAACCAUCUCUACGACUAUCCUCACUAUGAAGAGAGAGAGCACAUGCAGCAUGGAGAACGCUCACCUCUGCUGGCUGGUGCCAUGUGAGAGACACUGCCACUGUGUGUCUGACAUCGAGCACUGCAGUCAUAUUCAGUGGACUCUACUUCACAAACUUGAGCGUUUCCGGAGAAACUUUUCACGUUCAAGAGAAGCUUCUGUACGCUGUAAGCUUUAUGCAUUAUUCUGAGAAUAUUGAGAGAAAGUCUAGUUAUGUACAAACAUUUUUACACAAGCCAAGUCAAUACAGUAUCACACUACUUUUAGUAAGUUUUUCCUUUUAAUUUGAAAAGAAAC